CUGUUUGCGUUCAAAGAUUCAGAGGGAGGGAGGAGCAGAAGUUUCUAAGGGAAGAAAAGGUGGAGAUGACGGGAUGAGCAGGGAGAGGUCGGCCGGAGCUCCAUCUGCGGAGGAAGAGGAGGCCAGAGCGAGCUAAAGGCGUGAAUCGCCGACUUUAGACGGCUGAGAUGUUUGGAUCGCAGAUCGAACCUGAAACUGCGGCUUCCUGUCAUGUGACCUCAUGAGGGUCCCGCCGCUGAGCAUCAUGGGUAUGAGGGACGCGGAGCUGGAGAGUCGCCUUGACGACCUGCUGUCACGAAUCGCCACGGAGACGCAGGAGAUCAAAGAGCUGGAGCAGCAGUUGACCAGUGGUCAGAGUCUGGCAAACGAGGCUCUCCAGAGGGAUGUCCAGGAGGUGAUCUGUGGACUCCAGGAGUACCUGGGAGGACUGAGGCAGCAGGCCCGGCGCUCAAAGCAGCAGGUCGAUGUUUUACAGGCUGAAAACCAGAGCCUGCAGCGCCUCCUGGAGGAUGCUCAGAGACACUGCAGUCAGCUGGAGGACACUCAGCAGGAGGAGCUGUCUGCGCUGUGGAAGGAGGCUCAGGCUCUGAGGAGCAGACAGGUGGAGCUGGAGGAGGGGCUUCAGCAGCUGAGGGAGGAGCUAACUCAGCAGCAGCAGGACCCAGACCAACCCAGACGGAUCUGUCUGCAGGACGCUAACCAGAGACUUCAGGUCCUACUGGACCAAAGCAGGGCCCGGUCUAAUCAGACCAGAACCCAGCUGGAGCGGUUUACAGCUGGCCUUUCAGAACUUCAGGAGAACCGCAGGGAACCAAAGGUCAAAGUCAGUUCUAAGGACCGGUCCACCCAGGAGAACCGGGCCAGCAGACAGGAGCCCCAGCAGGGCCAGAACCAGAUACCGGGGCAGAACCAUGACCGGCCGUCAAAGGAGGCGCUGCAGAGACCCAGAUGUCAGAGCAGGACUGGACCCGCUCAACAGAACCAGGCUCCCAGUCUGGCCUCUCAGGGGACUCAGGACUCCGGUGUGGGGCUGCAGUACCUCGGUUCCGCUGACAGGGGGCGCUCUGCAGGAGAAGCAGAGACUCCUGGUCCGGCUGAAGGCGUCUCUGGGCCUCAGGGCCCCCUGAGGGUCCGGCUGCUCUGUGGUCCUCCAGGAGGGGGCGCCGCCACACCCUGCAGCGACCAGCAGCGCACAGACGGGUGGCAGCAGCGCCGGUUCGUGUCGAAGCGUUUGUUCGAGGCGGCGGCCAAGAAGAAGAAGAAGCAUCAUCAUCAUCAUCAUCACAGGUCAGACACGGAUCAUCCACGCGUAGAGCGAGCGACGCCAACGCAGGAGCGUGUGUGCAGGAGCGCGCUGCAGGUGUGUGACGACCUGGCGUGUUUGGAGGAGACGCUCCUGCAGAGACGGGCGGAGCUGCGGCAGGCCGACCGUCUGCUGCUGGAGGCUCAGCGCUGCAGACGGACCACCAGAAGAGACGCUGACCGGCUGCAGCACAGACUGGAGGACAGCUCCGCCUGUCUGCUGGAGGCCACACAGCACCUCAGGGAGCUACGGGAGGAGGAGGAGCAGCUGAGGAGGAAGAGGAGGAACGAGGAGGACCGUCUCAGGGAGGUGGAGGAGAAGCUGAGGAGCAGACAGGAGGAGCUCCAACGGCUCGGCUCAAAGAUCCACAGAGCCGGAGACAGACUAACUGAGCUGCUGUCCAGCUGCCAGGGGGCUCAGGAACACCUGGACUCUCUCACCUGUCAGGAGGCGCGGAGGCAGGAGGAGCUGCAGGCGGCUGAGGAUGGACUGAAGGAGCUCAGAGAGGAGGAGCAGCGGCUUGUCAGAGCGAAGGCAGAGCUCAGCUCGCACAAAGCAGAGCUAAAACAGGUCCUGCAGGAGCUGCUGCUGGAGCAGGAGGUGCUGGAGGAGGUGAAGACCAGACGCUCCCAGACUCUGCAGCAGCUGCAACGGAAGCAGGAGGCGCUGCAGAAGAUGAGGGAGGACCUCCUCAGCAUGAAGGCGGAGGCGCAAGAUACACGGAAGGAGCUGACCGAGCUGCAGCAGGAGGUGGCGUCGUGCCGAGAGGCUGCAGCGUCGAGUCUGGCAGACAGGAGGCAGCAGAGAGCAGCUCUGCAGGAGGUGCAGCAGGAGCUGGGCAGAAGGAAGGAGGAGCUUAGCGUCGUCCAGGAGCAGUGCAGGCACCUGGAGGCCAGGAGGAGACACGCCGACAGGAGUCUGUCUGCGCUGGAGGCGGAGCUAUCUAAGAAGAGGGCGGAGCUAAGCCACACCCAGACCUUCAAACAGGGAGUGGUCGGAGAGACAAGAGCCAAUCAGCAGGAGCUCAGCAGCUCGCGACCCGGGACUGAAGAACCGAGCGGACCGGCUGGACUCGCAGCUCCACGCGCCGUCAGAACCACUGAUCCGGGGAACAACCAGAACGCGGCUCACUCCGGGAGUUUGGACCUCUGAUCCAGAUAGGAAGUGGGACUCAGAUUCUCCCCCAGAACCCUCGAGGUUCGGUUUACGCAUCAUGGUGGGGAGUCCGGUCAGAACUCUGCAGAACUGAGCAGGUCGGAGUCAAUGAGGUCCGCUCCCAGGGACAUGAACGGGUCCGAGUGUCGGGUUCUGGAGCUGCAGGAGUCAUUCAGCUGACAGGAACCCAGAGGAGGAUAAAGUUCUGCUCAUCCGAGACUUUGAGCAACUGGACUAAUUUAUCACAGAAAACCGGGUGGCAAUUAUGACCAGAAGAACCGGAUCAGAAGAACCGGAUCAGAAGAACUGGACCCUUUGAUCUACUGAACACAAAGCUUUGAUCCUCGUCUGAGUUAUUAUACUGAAUAUCAAUAUGAUGAGAAAUUACAACUGAACACAAUCAAAGUCUAAACGGUAACUUUGAUCAAAUAAAGAAUAAAGUAAAGAAUAUUGUCAGAAA